AUCCGACACCACCCGCCAUUUUUCUUUUUCUUCUCAACCAUUUCAUCUUGUCGUUUAUUUCAUUUCAUUUUUAUUCAAUAAUUCGAUUGAGAAAGAAAAGAAAAGAAAAGAAAAGAGAAGAGAGAGUUGAAUUGAUUGAGCUAAGUGUUUAUUUUAUGGUGUUAUGUUGCUUCCAGUGGCACUUGGAUGCCAUAGCCGUCGCCAUGAAUCGCUCUCUUCCCCCCUCUUUGAUCCAUUCCUAUCUCUCCCCUUUUCCUCUUCUCUUUCCUUCCUCUAAUAAUGCCAGAUUUCUCGGAUUCCAAUGCCACACUUGGAACCCAAUCAGGAGGCGCCUUAACUUCGCUGUCACUGCCGACAUCUCCAAGUCUUCUCCAUCUCUUCAUUCUGCCUCCGAUUUUCAGUUACCAUGGGUGGGUCCUGUUCCUGGCGAUAUUGCAGAAGUCGAGGCAUAUUGUAGAAUCUUUAGAACUGCUGAACGACUCCACUCUGUGCUGAUGGAUACUCUUUGCAAUCCCUUCACUGGUGAAUGCAGUGUUUCGUAUGAUAUUUCACCUGGGGAAAAUCCACUCAUUGAGGAUAAAAUAGUUUCUGUUCUUGGAUGUUUAGUAUCACUUAUAAACAAAGGAAGAGAGGAUGUACUUUCCGGAAGAUCAUCUGCCAUGAAUUCUUUCCGGGGUGCAAAUUUAGAUGCAACGGAAGAUAAUCUUCCUCCACUGGCUGCUUUUAGGAGUGAGAUGAAAAGGUGUUGCGAAAGCUUGCAUGUUGCCCUUGAAAACUUUUUGAUUCCUGGUGAUGAACGUAGUUUGGACGUAUGGAGGAAACUUCAAAGGCUAAAGAAUGUCUGUUAUGAUUCUGGUUUCACCAGAGGGGAGGAUUAUCCCUGCCAUACAUUGUUUGCCAAUUGGAACCCUGUUUAUUUACAUAAUUUCAAGGAUGAAACGUCAGCAAAAAAUUCUGAUGUAGCCUUCUGGAGUGGUGGUCAGGUAACUGAAGAAGGUCUGAAGUGGUUAAUUGAGAGAGGAUUUAAAACGAUUGUUGAUCUUAGGGCUGAAACAGUAAAAGAUGAAUUUUAUAGUGCAUCCUUGCAUGACGCUAUAGGUUCUGAAAAAGUUAAAGUGAUAAAAAUUCCUGUUGAAGCUAGGACUGCUCCAACAAUGGAUCAGGUUGAGAAGUUUGCAUCGUUGGUUUCAGAUGGCAGCAAUGGGCUGAUCUAUCUUCACAGUAAGGAGGGUGUGUGGAGAACGUCAGCCAUGAUAUCCAGAUGGAGGCAAUAUGCAACUCGAAGUGGAUCACAGAUUGUCUCUAAUCAGACAAUUGUUCCAGUCGAUAUAGACAGCUCUUCCAACUUGGCACUUAAUCAAAAUGGAGCAAAAGAGUCUCUAGAAAUUUCUAUUACUGGAGAAACAUUUCCAUGUGCAGAAGAUAGUCAAUCUUUGGUGCUUGAAAGUGCUCAUCAUAGUUUAAUUAACAGAAAAAAUAAUGCAGAAACUGAUGAAGUUAGUCAGAAUGUUAAUGGAGCUUACAACGGACCUAGUCCUACACAAGAUAUGACAUCUUUAAGAGCAGUUGUUAAUGGUGGGAUUGAAAUUGACCCUCUGAAAGCUCAGAUUCCUCCAUGCAAUAUUUUCUCAAGAAAAGAAAUGUCCAACUUUUUUAAGACCAAAAAGAUUUCUCCUCAAAGCUACUUACACCGUCGAAUGAAAACAAAAGAAAAAUUUUCUACGGAGGUACCUGCUAGCAGAGUACUAAGGUCUAGUGUUAACAAUAGUGAUAAAUCUGGGAUUGUUGAAGCAGGAAAUUUUAAUGGCAGCCCAAGUGUGAAAGAUUCAUCCUCGAAGACCCAAUAUGUAUCUGCUAUGAAGAUGAAUUAUGGCAAUGGUGAUAGUCAUGUAUCUGCCAAUCCUGUUUUUGUAGGACUUGAAGUGGAUGGAAGGAAUCCUCUGACAACCGUAGCCUCUGCUGCUGUUGGAGGUAAGGUUCCAUCUAAAUCAGAAAUAAAUGACUUAAAGAGCAAUGGCCAAGCAACUUCAGUUUCUAGCAAUGGUAACGUGGAAUCUGUGGAAGGCAAUAUGUGUGCUUCUGCCACUGGUGUUGUAAGGGUGCAAUCAAGAAGGAAGGCUGAGAUGUUUUUAGUUCGAACAGAUGGGUUUUCAUGUGCCAGAGAAAAAGUGACUGAAUCCUCUUUGGCUUUUACUCACCCAAGUACACAACAGCAGAUGCUUAUGUGGAAAUCCACUCCUAAGACUGUAUUACUUCUGAAAAAGCUGGGUCAAGAGCUAAUGGAAGAAGCUAAAGAGGUUGCAUUGUUCUUGUAUCAUCAAGAGAAGAUGACUGUACUUGUCGAACCUGACAUACAUGACAUAUUUGCAAGAAUUCCGGGGUUUGGAUUUGUCCAAACUUUUUAUAGCCAAGACACCAGUGACCUGCAUGAGAAAGUUGAUUUUGUAGCAUGCUUAGGUGGAGAUGGGGUUAUUCUCCAUGCAUCAAAUUUAUUUAGAAGUGCCGUUCCCCCAGUUGUUUCAUUUAAUCUCGGGUCUCUUGGAUUUUUGACUUCUCACACUUUUGAUAGUUAUAGGCAGGACUUAAGACAAGUCAUCCAUGGAAAUGAUUCACUCGAUGGUGUCUAUAUAACUCUAAGAAUGCGUCUUCAGUGUGAAAUUUUUCGAAAUGGCAAAGCUAUUCCUGGGAAGUUAUUUAAUAUUCUUAAUGAAGUUGUUGUUGAUCGAGGCUCCAAUCCAUACCUUUCCAAAAUUGAAUGUUAUGAACAUGAUCGACUCAUAACAAAGGUCCAGGGUGAUGGAGUCAUUGUGGCCACCCCUACUGGGAGCACUGCUUACUCUACUGCAGCAGGGGGUUCGAUGGUGCAUCCGAAUGUUCCUUGCAUGCUUUUUACUCCAAUAUGUCCCCAUUCUCUCUCAUUUAGACCAGUUAUACUUCCCGACUCUGCACGACUCGAGUUAAAGAUUCCCGAGGACGCACGGAGUAAUGCGUGGGUUUCUUUCGACGGAAAGAGAAGGCAACAACUCUCAAGAGGAGAUUCUGUUAGGAUAUCCAUGAGUAGGCAUCCACUCCCAACUGUAAACAAGUCUGAUCAAACAGGGGAUUGGUUUCGCAGCUUGAUUCGGUGCUUGAAUUGGAAUGAAAGGCUUGAUCAAAAGGCCCUUUGAAGCCACAACACCAUCAAUGAUUUCAAAUUAAUAAAUGAGGUUUCUGUAAAUCACUGUACAUAUAUAGAAAAUUUGGCUUUUACAGUAAAUAGUCGAUUCUCUAGUAGUUCCUCAAAAGUGGAAGAGAAAAUGGUUGUAUACUGUGAUUUGAUAAAAAUUAGAACAUUUAUUUUUUAAUCAAUAUCGAUACGAUUAAUUCA